CCAUUGCUCUAUUUCUCUUUUUCUCUUCUUUGAUGUAUUUUUACAAAUUUUCACCCGUCUGCUUAAAAUUCGUGAAGUUUUAACAAUUCAAAUUUAUUUAAUUUUUAAAAUUCUGUAAUUAAAGUGUUAUUUUAAGAAAUACAUUAAGAUAUGGCAGAUAUUCCUUUCAACAUCGCGACAAACAUUAGGAAGUGUAUGGAGGCCAUCCAACCAAAUAGUCAGUCAGCAGAACAGCUCAAAAAAGCUGUAAAUAAUUUUGAGAGUGAGCUUACCUGCACCAUAUGCCAGGACUUUUAUUCUGAGCCGAUAACCUUAAAGUGCGAACAUGUAUUUUGCUUCGCAUGUAUUCGAGAGUGGCAGGGAAGGUUUGAUAGGCCUACUUGUCCGCUCUGCAGAUCACGCCUACGCUACAAGCCCAGGGACCCCACGUUCAUUAUGGCAAUGUUAGUUACAACUGUCCAUUGUCGCUCUCUCAGACGCCUGGUGACUAUAAAACAAGAAGCAGAGCAAGAAGAGAGAAGGGAAAGGAGCAAUAGCCAGAUAGAGGCUCCUGUCCUCUUGGCUAGAGAUAAUGAGACAGCUCAUAACCAGGCUGCUGCGGGCUAUCAAUCAGAGCAAGAACAACCAGAGCCAUAGGUGGAGGCCCACCUCCGAAAAUAUCAAUUGUAAAUUUCCACCACAUACAAAAUUUCAUGUGCAAAAUUUUUUAGAAUUAAAACUAUUAGUUAUACUUGUUAAA